CGUGAAAUGUUUUCUGUGAUAUCCUGAAAGGACUGCUUUCCUAUUUUUGAAGUGGACAUUGAUUUAGCAGAGGGCACAGUUUGGAGCGGGUGCGCGCAGGAGAAGCUUUCAGCAACUUUACGCCCUUCGCUGUAAUUUGUAUCUGUUAAGUAGAUGUGAGCAUGCUUUAAUUCUUAAAACUGGUGUAGGUACAAGCAGCCAGAUGGAUCCAUUAUUCAACUCCACUGUCGCGCAAAAUUGGACCAGCGGCUCCAACGACACGAACGGCACCGCGUACUGGAACCAGUUCGUGCAGCCAGUCUGGAGGAUUGUCCUGUGGGCCAUCGCGUACAGCUGCAUCGUUAUCGUGUCUGUGGUUGGUAACGUUACAGUCAUCUGGAUUAUUAUGGCGCACAAGCGCAUGAGGACUGUCACCAACUAUUUCUUGCUGAACCUGGCAUUCGCCGAAGCGUCUAUGUCCGCUUUUAACACCGUUAUUAACUUCACGUACGCUGUGCACAACGAGUGGUACUUCGGACUGGUCUACUGUCGCUUCCACAACUUCUUCCCCAUCGCCGCCGUGUUUGCCAGCAUCUAUUCAAUGACAGCCAUCGCUCUGGACAGGUACAUGGCCAUCAUCCACCCACUGCAGCAGCGUAUGUCCUCGACAGAGACCAAGGUGGUUGUGGUGGUGAUCUGGGUGCUGGCUCUGCUCCUCGCCUUCCCUCAGUAUUAUUACUCCAACACCGACCAGUUCCCCGACAGGGUGGUGUGCUACAUCAACUGGCCCAAAUACACCACGUGCGACUUCAAAAAGAUGUACUAUGUGUGUGUGGCCAUCCUGAUCUACUUUCUCCCUCUGCUGGUGAUGGGUUGUGCUUAUCUGGUGGUGGGACUCACCCUGUGGGCCAGCGAGAUCCCCGGAGACUCUUCUGAUCGCUACAAGGAACAGCUGAUUGCUAAACGCAAGGUGGUGAAGAUGAUGAUCAUCGUGGUGUGUAUAUUUGCAAUCUGCUGGCUGCCCUACCACGUCUACUUCCUGCUGCAUCAGUUCUUUCCCAAGAUGUUUGAGGAGUGGUUCAUCCAACAGGUCUACCUGGCCAUCAUGUGGCUGGCAAUGAGCUCCACCAUGUACAACCCCAUCAUCUACUGCUGCCUCAAUGACAGGUUUCGUGCUGGUUUUAAACAAGCCUUCCGUUGCUGCCCCUGCAUCACUCCCGCUUCUUACGAUGGCCUGGAACUCAAGUCCACGCGUUACUACCAGACCCAGACCAGUGUGUACAAGACCAGCCGGAUGGAAACAACUGUGUCCACUGUUCUCCAGGUUGGCGACGACAUGGAACAACCUAAGGCAACGGUGAAGGCUACAGCUGGUAUGGGUGGCGAUGGCACUGUUGUUGUGGACAGGCCACAUCGCUCCUCCCUGGAUCUCACAUCUAACGGAUCGUCAUCCCACGGUGCCUCAAAAACAGUUUCGGAGACAUCCAGCUUCUUCUCCACUAACAACCUGCAGGAAUAGACUCCAAGUGCAAACGCAGAUGGCAUUUUACCUCAAAGCAGGUGGAGAGUGAGUUUGCUUCAUACAAAA